CACCACGCAAGAAGUCCUGGUGGCAGUCAGAGAAUGGAAAGCCUGAUGUCUUCAUUCAACUGGACCUCGAGGCAGAAUUCCAUUUCACUCAUCUAAUCAUGACCUUCAAGACGUUUCGCCCAGCAGCCAUGGUGAUUGAGCGAUCGGCAGAUUUUGGACGUAACUGGCAGGUGUACCGCUACUUUGCCUACGACUGUGCCUCGGUCUUCCCCGGGAUAUCCAAAGGUCCCCUGCGCAAGGUGGAUGAUGUCACCUGUGAGUCCCGCUACUCUGACAUCGAGCCAUCCACAGAGGGAGAGGCCAUCUACAGGGUUUUGGACCCUGCCAUUCGCAUUGAGGACCCCUACAGCCCCAACAUUCAGAAUCAGCUGAAGAUCACUAACCUGCGUGUGAACUUCACCAAGCUGCACACCCUGGGUGACAACCUGCUGGACUCCCGYGUGGAGAUCAAGGAGAAGUACUACUACGCCAUGUACGAGCUGAUCAUCCGCGGCAACUGCUUCUGCUAUGGCCACGCCUCCGAGUGUGCCCCCAUCGAUGGGAUCAAGGAUGAGGAGGGCAUGGUCCAUGGGAGG